CCGGUCAUCCCAGUUCCUCCAAAAAUAACUAAUUUUCUUAUGGACUCCAUUGCAAUUACAAAUCCUUGUGAAGUUUUUGCGUGGGUGUGGUUUAAGGACUUGUUCGACCGAAACUGGCGCAAGCGAACUCACAACCACUCAGACGAGACCAUGAUCAGUCACUCGCCCUUGUGUUAGUGUAUGCAGGACAUGCAGUGUUGACAGAUGACAGUGAUUUUGCGCCAGCUGAUCAGAUUAAAAAUAUGUGUUGAAUGCUUCUAUAAAGUGAUUAGGAAUUAGUGUAGUUAGUAAAAUUAGUAUUUAAUGUAGUGUAAUGGCGGGAGGAUCAGUUACUCCAAUAUUAUCUGCUGAUAUUAGCAGAAGAAAUCCACAAGAUGAAUACGAAUUGAUUCAAAGAAUAGGAAGUGGAACAUAUGGCGAUGUUUAUAAAGCAAAGCGUCUCAUCACCAAUGAAUUUGCUGCUAUCAAAGUCAUCAAGCUGGAGCCUGGUGACGACUUCAGCAUCAUUCAGCAGGAGAUCCUGAUGAUGAAGGACUGCCGGCACCACAAUUUAUUUAAUUGGGCUGAAAUUGAAUCUAUUCAUACGCUGCUGUGGUUCUUAACGGGCCCGCUGUCAGAGCGCCAGAUCGCCUACAUGUGCCGGGAGACGCUCAAGGGCCUCGAGUACCUGCACCGCGUCAGCAAGAUGCACAGGGACGUCAAGGGCGCCAACAUCCUGCUCACGGACGCGGGUGACGUGAAGCUCGCAGACUUCGGCGUGUCUGCGCAGAUCACCGCCACCCUCAGCAAGAGGAAGAGCUUCAUUGGCACCCCCUACUGGAUGGCACCUGAGGUGGCUGCGGUGGAGCGCAAAGGUGGCUACAAUCACCUGUGCGACAUCUGGGCAGUUGGUAUCACGGCCAUCGAGCUGGCGGAGAUGCAGCCACCCAUGUUCGACCUGCAUCCCAUGCGGGCCUUGUUCCUCAUGUCCAAGAGCGGCUUCAAGCCGCCUACUCUCAAGGACAAGAACAAAUGGACACCAACCUUCCAUAACUUCCUUAAGGUGGCGCUGACGAAGAACCCGAAGAAGCGUCCUCCCGCUGACAAGUUGCUGCUGCAUGUCUUCGUCUCGUGCGACCUGCCGCGAUCUCUUGUCACGGACCUCCUGCAUGCGGCACACAGCCCCCACACGUCCUACCCCACUGAAGUGGAGAUGGACGACGAAGGCGCCGUCAGCAACGUCCCCCAGCGCAUCACGUCUCGCACGCCUACACGUCGCAAGCACCGCACCAAGUCUGAGCUGCACAUGGAGUCCGUGAACUUCGAGGCGCCGCUGGUGACGGAGCUGCGGGCAGAGAGCGACGCCCCCCACACGCCCCCCCGACACUGGCAGGUGGGGCGCCAACCCUGGGAUACAGGGUCCCUUUAA